CCUAGAACCGUUUGAUUACCUCAAAAUAAAACUAGAAGCUAUAAAAUCUGUGCAACGAACAACUUUUCUGAAGAACAUCUCAUUGGGGAAGGAGGAUUUGGGAAAGUCUACAGGGGAGAAAUUGUACAUUCAAUGGGGCAUACCACUGUUGCUUUGAAACGUUUAGAUCGUUAAACUUGGACAAGGAGACUCUGAGUUUUGGAAGGAGGUUGUUUUGCUGUCAGUUUACAAGCAUCGAAAUAUCGUCUCCCUCUUAGGGUUUUGAUAUGAAAAUGACGAGAAGAUCCUCAUGUACGAGUACGCAUCUAGGAAAAGUCUCGACACGCAUCUUGACAACGAGGAUCUAAGCUGGGUUAGACGUCUUAGAAUAUGUAUUGGGGGGGCUCGCGGACUAGCAUACCUUCAUGAUCCCGCUGGGACCUAACAAAGAGUACUGCACCACGAUAUUAAAAGUUCCAACAUCUUAUUAGACGAAAACUGGAACGCCAGAAUCACAGAUCUUGGUCUAUCCAAAUUUGGUCCAGCUAAUCAGUUAUACACAUUUGUUGUGUCCAACAAUAUUGCAGGCACGCUCGGGUAUUGUGAUCCACUGUAUUUUGCAACUGGGAUACUAACAAAGGAGUCUGACGUUUAUUCCUUUGGUGUGGUGUUGUUUGAAAUUUUGUGCGGGAGGUUGUGUUUUGGGAGCCACAAUGCAUCUCAAUCAUUUAUUCAGAUGGUACGAAAGCAUUACAAAAAGAACAACCUAACUAAAAUUAUUUGGACUAGUAUAAACCACGAAAUACAUCCUGUUUGUUUGGAGGUGUUUUCUACUAUUGCUUAUCAGUGCUUAAAGAGUAACAAUGGAAAACGGCCAAUAAUGAACGAAGUCGUCACACAACUUGAAAUUGCCCUGGAAUAUCAACUUUCAACGGCUUCAGUGUCAACACACAGACACCAGGGUAAACCUCAGCCAACUUUUCAAAAGCUCAAAGAAAAGUUUAAUAUCACAGAACAGUUGAGACGGUUAAAACCUCGUCCGUUGAAUGAGAAUUUGGUUCUAAACGUACCCAAGGAUCUUAGACGUCAUAUUUGUUUUUAUUUCGUCAAGAAGGUUCCAUUUUUCAAGAGCAUGAAUGAUAGGUUCCUCGAUGACAUUUGUGAACGACUGAAGCCACAUUUAUUUAAAAGAAAUACAUUCAUCAUACGUGAAGGAGAUCCAGUCUAUGCAUUGCUUUUCAUUGUGCAAGGUCGUAUCCAAAAGAAAAACCACAGACUGGUGGACGGAAAGAUUUCUAGAAGAAGGAGACUUUUUCGGCGAUGAGCUUCUAACUUGGGCAGUUGACAGUAAAAUCAGUGCGAACCUACCAUCUUCCACUCAUACCUUGAAGGCUUUGAAAGAGGUGAACGCAUAUGCCUUAACAGCCAAUGAAUUAAAAUUUGUUGAAAAUCAGUAUAGUCGGGGGUCACUAUAAACAUAUAAAACACAUUUUCCGAUUUUACUCACCACAAUGGCGAGCAUGGGCAGCAUACUUCAUUCAAGUAGCAUGGCGGAUACAUUGCAAUAGGAAAGUUUGGGAGCUGGUUAGGAAACAGGAAACUGAAUCAACCACACACAACGUUAUAGGUAGUGCUACGAGUUUCGCCACCAAUGCCCUUCAUGGAGUCUACCAUAAUCAAUAUGAAAAGUUUGAUAAGGAAAUGCUGAAAUCACAAAGCCUCUAGAACCAUACUUAAAUUAUGAUUCUGAUUAGUUAUAACUUGAUAUCCUGCAUGAUAUAAUUAGAGUUUAUAUAAUAAUAGGGUUUUUUUGUUGCUAAAUGGUGAGUCCAUAUGUACCCC